UAUACGCGAACUUGUGGUCGGUGAGCGUAAAUGCUUUUGCUUAGUUAAAAUACCGGUAGGCCGUUAGUUUGAUUCUUUAAUUAUUACUUUCUAAUUGCGCUAGUACAAGUUUGUCACGUUAUCGGUGUUUUAUAUUUCAUAACUUAAUUAUUGAGCUUUGCAAUUAUUUUUAUGCUUGUCAGUCCACAUGAUCGCCAGUGCCCAGUGCUGCUAGUAUUUUCUAUAGAUAACGACGAACUAGGAUUCAAGAUUUGUCAAGUAACGCUGUAGUCGAAAUGAUGAAAACAACAAUGAAAGCAGUGAUUCUAAUAAUAACCUUGGUUUCGGCGAAAGCUAUUCACGUAUCUCGUACUUCAAGAAAUUGGUUCGAGACGGAAGAAGACCCUGUCGAAUUGCUUGUCUUCAAUUUUCAAGAUGAGAAGUCUCCAGUCACCUCAUCCUUGAUUCAUUCUAAAAACGAUGCGAUCCUAUUCGAUGCUCAAUUCGGUCUCAAUCACGCUAAUACAGUAGUGAGCUACUUGCGCGAUGCUAACAUAAAGCCUGGCUUAGUUAUCAUUACUAGCGGAGAUCCAGACUAUUACUUCGGCCUGCAAACUGUCCUCGAGGCUUUUCCGUUUGUAGAUAUCGUAGCAUCUCCUAGAGUGGUAAACUGGAUUAAUCAAACCAAAGACCAAAAACUGGCAACCUGGGGUCCGGAAUUGGUACCUUAUGCGCCAACUGAACUAUAUGUACCAAACACUAUUGACCGAGAUACGUAUUACCUUGAUAACAGAAAAGAAAUCCAACUGAUGGAAAUAAAUUCCCCCGAAGCUUACGUAUGGAUCCCAGAGAAUAAAGUUAUUCUUGGAGGUAAUGCCAUCUAUUGGGAGGUACACGUCUGGGUAGUGAACUCGAGAACUCCUGAAACGCGUGCAUACUGGCGCCAAGUGCUUCGACAAAUGCUUGCCCUCGAACCCAGGGUUGUCAUUCCUGGACAUUGGAUAGGCGAACGGCCCAUAUUUGGUGAUGAGCCUAUUAGAUUUACGCUCCAGUAUUUGGAAAUUUUCGAAGAAGCACUGGAACGUAAUAAUUACCGCAAUUCUACAGCUGUGAUAGCUUACAUGAAAGAGAGGUACCCGAAUCUUGCUUUGGAAGAUUUUCUAGAGCUUAGUGCCAAAGUUCUAACAGGGGAGCCGGCGGUCUUUUAAAAGCGAGAAAAAUUAUGCUGAGGAGUGAUGAUGGUCGAAUAUUUUGAAAAUAAUCAGAAUUUUAAAAACAUCGAAAAACUUUGAUGAGCAGAUUUCCAAUAUUUUUUAGAGUAGGCACCAGGUAGUUAAGAUCCUUGUAAUGUACAUAUUUGAUUUUGUAAUAUAUUGUCUGACUUGUUUCGAAAUCUUGGAAAUAAUUUCAAUUUCCAACGCAAAUUUACGUUCUGAUGUCAUAAUUAAUGUUGAACUCUUAAAAAGUUCAAAAAACGUGAUCAAUUCCUAAUAUUAUUAUUGGGCAGGUGCACAUUUUUUUUUUUUUUUUUUUUUUUAAAUUAUUUAUUCACGGAGGUGCAACAUUUCAAUGUUUUAUUAGGUACCUAAUUUAAAAAAUUGGAAAUAAAUGAAGAGUAAACCUUCAAAAUUCGAACUUAAAUAAAUGAAAAACAGAAGUUUGUUUUGUGAAACGUGCAUACUUAUUAGUAUCGACUAUCUAGUGUGUUUAUGUAAGCAUACCCAAGUUAUAAGUAUACAUACAUGUUUAAAAUAUAAUAAAAAUGCUUGUUUAUGUU